AUGACUGAUUAUACUGCAAUUUUUCAACCUUUUUUGGACCUGUUUAAUCAAGGACAGGUACAAACGGUUCUAUUAGCAUGGCUUCCAUCAAAGAUAGGACCAUAUCUAUCUGGAAUAAUGGCAGUAGACAUGUUUGUAACCACAGUCAUAGCUUCGGGACUUACUGUAUUGUGUGCAGCAUUAUAUGCUAUGUCACAAACAUUUCUUACAGGUUCAGUUUGGAAUAGAAAUUUAGUAACCGUACAAGUCGAGUAUUAUGUUACUGGUACAUAUGGAGAUCAAUAUACUAGCACAUUUUACGAAGCUUUGUCAUGGCUCAUUUCCAAACAAACCAAAAAAUUGGAUAAAGGAUCAUUCAUUGUUCAACCCACUAAUGAUACGGUUUCUCAAGAAGAUGAGGAUGAUGAAUGUGCACCACCUGCUUUUAACAUCCUUCCCGAAAAGAAUCAACAAAUUAGUAUUAAAUAUAAUGCAAUGCCUUCAAUUUAUUUAACAACAACUGAAGAUUCAAAAACUAAUGUAGAUUCAAUUUCCGAAUUUAUCAAUGAUGUGACACGGUCAUACCUUGAAACACAACAAAAGGAUAAAAUACGUGCGAGAUACGAACGUACUGACGGAUAUUGGUAUAGAGUACAAAGUUUAUCAUCGAUUAGAGGAUUGGAAACGGUAGCUUUAGAUGAAAAACAAGAACAAUUAUUGAAAAAAGAAUUGGAUACAUUUGUUAAUGAUAAAGAAUUCUAUGGAAGGAUUGGCAUGCCUUAUAGACGUGGAUUUAUUUUAUUUGGAAGACCAGGAACGGGAAAAACCAGUUUGAUAAACGCAAUAUCUUCACAUUUAUCACGAGACCUUUAUUAUAUUAAUCUUAAAAAUAUAAUAAGUGAUAAUGAAAUGAGUGCAGCAUUUAGUUCAGUACCAUCUAAUCAAAUAAUUGUCCUCGAAGAUGUUGAUGCACAAUCAAAAAUUCUUCACAAAAGACGUAGUGAUGAUGAUGAUAAAUAUUCCAAAGGAAUUUCAUCCAAUGACAAUAAUAAAGGGGGUAAAGGAAGUGGAUCAGGAUUUUCGAUGAUUAGUUUAUCAAAUUUCCUCGGAUGUUUAGAUGGUCAUAUAUUAUCUGAAGGUAAUAUAAUAAUUAUGACCACAAAUCACGUUGAACAUCUGGAUCCUGCUUGCAUCCGCCCUGGUCGUAUGGAUGUACAUUUGAAUCUCGAAUAUUGUACACAUUAUCAAAUAAGAAAAAUGUAUCGCAGUAUCGUUGAAAAUCAAAAAGCAGAAUUUCCUGAAAAUGUUUUACAAAAAAUUCCAGAAAAUUUAUUACCUCCUUGUGAAGUUAUGAUGACUAUGGUGUUGUACAGAAAUGAAAUCAGUCAUAUCCCUGAAAAAGUUUUGGAAUUGGUUGAGAAAUAUAAAGGUAUGAAACCUGAAGACAUUGCAAAACAGAUGGAAGAAGAAGCACGCCGAAUUGAAGCUGCUUCUAAACAAGCCGAAAAUGAGGAAACUAAAUCUGAAGAAACUAAGUCUGAAGAAACUAAGUCUGAAGAAACUAAAUCCGAAGCAACUAAAUCUGAAGAAACUAAAUCUGGAGAGACCAAAGCAGACGGGGUUAAAUCAGAAGAAACUAAAACUGAGGGAAUUAAAUCCGAAGAAACCAAAUCUGAAGCAACCAAAAAUGAUGAGGUUAAAUCUGAGGAAACCAAGGUUAAUAAAACUGAAGAUGAAGAAAAGAAAAAGAAAGAAACUUUAACAGUUGAAAAUGCUAAAAGUAAAUUGAGUUCAGUUAGUAUGACAAGAAGUUCUAGUAAUCGUAGUGAAACAACUUGUAUAAACGAUGAAGAAAAUGGUGGUAGCGGUAAUACCACCGAUGUUGAAGUAGAUGAUAUUCAAACAACUAAUAUAAAACUUGAACCAAUAAUAACAAAAGACACAACUUCACAAAUUCAAAUAUAA